AUGGGCUGCAUUGCAUCUGCACUUAAUCGCCGCAUCCUCCAUACCAGUUUCAUCAGUGCUGUGUGUAAGCGGACUGCUAUUGUCGCAGUGCAUUCGCGUUGUGGAGCUCGGUUGGUUGCGUGUAUAACCACGGUUAUUGUGUAUUAGAAAUCGAACUAAGCUGGGGUUGCACUGCAGGAUCGUUAGCAAUGGGGCUAACUAGACUAGGAGUGAAACUUGUGCUCGCACUCUUCAUGGCGCACAUUUCCUCGAGCGUUGGUAGCUCCGAAGCGGUUGCUUACACCACCUUCCAGGCCAGUGCCUACUCUGAGCCGCCUCCUUACAGUUCGCCUUCGGAUUCUUCUCCCAUAGUUUCUCCCCCACCGAAGUACAAUUAUCCCACUGGAAAAUCGAUGCCUCCUUCUUCAGAUUAUAGCCCUGCCCCAACGGUGCCAGAUGCUCCUGGUUAUGGCAAUACUCCAGGUGGGUACUCGACACCAUCGCCGACUGAAAGCGUGCCGGUGAUGCCCAAUGUGGGAAGCCCAGUUAAUGUUCCAGAGAAUGGACAGUAUGCUCCCGUGUAUAGUGAUCCUCCUUCUCCUCCGACUCCGACUGAUCCUUCGAAGUGCCCACCUCUUCUGGAUGGAAUUGGCGAACAUGAUGGCGACUGGUGGGAGAAGAGCCCGGAUGCUUCAACGACGAGUUACGGUGGAGGUCCAGACGCUGGAAGCACUCCUGCUGUGCCUCAGGAUCCGUACGGUGUUCCUUACACGCCCCCUGUUGGAGGAGAUCCUUAUGCUUCUCCUUAUACUCCUGACCCAUCUGUUCCGGAUUCCCCCGUUCCUAACACUCCGGGCACUUGCUCGUUUUGGACGUCGAAUACCCAUAAGUUUCCUGAUUUUCUCACCAUUUUGACGCCGAUUUUGGAUAUUUUCGGUGGCAACUCGGGGAGCAUCUUCGGGUCCCAGAUGACCUUGUUCCAAGGAUUGACAAACUCAAGGCCGGACGCAUUUGGAUCUCUUCUUCGUCAGGGGUCUGCUGCGGUGUUGAACUCAUACACAAGCCGUGACUUCGCCUUUACUCCCUUCCAAGUGAAGAAUUCAUUCCGGGGAGCGCUAGUGUCGCAGCAGGCGGCUGCUAUGCAAGCGGUCAUUUUCGAGAAUGCGAAUCGGGGAUUUCUAAGGCGCCAAUAGACGUACAUUUUAGACCACGACCAGUAUCCACUCAGCAGAUUCAGGUCACAAUCUCUAAUGGACCACUCGUAGUCGAUUGCACUAAUUCACUACAAGCAUCUUACAACUUCUAUACGCAAACCCUCCGAUCAGUUAGCCAACGGAUAAAUGCUUUGAACAUUGGCUUAUUACCUGGACAAAUUCCAAUUGCUAAACAAGCACUUCCUCGUUAUGUUGACUAUUUCCCACAUCA